GUCACAUGAGGAAGGUCAGUAAGAGACCUGCAGCAGCGCUUGGAGUUCAGGCGAAACUCCAUACAGAAAUCUGCAGAUGUCUCUGUUCUUACCUGUGUACUCAUGCUUUUCAUUAACUCAAGUCUUUAACUUAUCAAUUCGUGUGUUCUGAUGAAUUCGGCCUGAUAACUGACAACCACUGACUGAUCUGUAUGAGUUUACUUCUGUAUUGAAGAUUAGCUUAGUAGUGCAGCGCCUCAGUUACUUGCAGCCGGCUCUGCUCAGGAGGACUCGUCAGGGGCCAGCGGGGUACUGUGCUUCAGUUGGAUGUGGUGCAGGGGUGUGUUGUGGUGUGUUUCUGGGAACUGGAUUUGGGAAGGAGGGUUAUCAGCAGCUGAUAAGAGCCACAUUUAAAGGGUUCGAUAACGAUCGGACUACCUGACUUCACACCGGACACUGCAGAGACAGAAACAGAACUUUCAGAGGAUAUAACCAAUCAUGCUCCUUCUCCCGCUGCUCUUUGCCUGCUUUGCUGAGCUCUUCUUUGCUGGGACAGUAUCUUGCAUGCCCGCAGGUCUACAGGGGCCACACAUCGCCCACGGCUGGGGGCAGGUGGUCCGACUCAGGCACCUGUACGCCGCCAGACAGGGACUUCACCUGCUGAUUGGUGUAGACGGACAGAUCCAUGGUUCAGCGGACCAAACCCUAUACAGUAAGUGUAGCAGUACUGUUUGCAGACUGUUAUGAUCUGAGGAGGGACAGAGGAUCAUGAUGUCUGUUCUUCAGGUCUGCUAGAGAUCCGGCCAGUGGAUCCGGGCUGCGUGGUCAUGAGAGGAGUAGCCACGGAUCGAUUUCUCUGCAUCGAAAGAGACGGGAGUCUCUACUCAUCGGUAAGAGUUUAUUCAUUAUUUAUCUGGGGGGAAAAGGCUUCAAACUGUUGAGUUACAAAGUUGACAAGGGAAAAAAACACGUGUGUUAUCGAAACAUAGAAAGAAGAGGUUGGUUUUGGUGACAGAGAGAGAACUUGUGGUUCAGGCAUCACAGAAAAACGCAAAAUCAGUCCAAACUCACCAAAUUGGUACUCGUUGAUAUAGUCAGUUUUUGCUUUUUAAUAUAUGCAACAAAGAUUAAACGUUUCUCAAAUGGAGGGGAUGUACUUGAUUUUGCAAUCAUCAUGUAAAGUGUGACACCCACUCAGAUUAAGCAGAUUUUAGAGGAGUCAGCAGAGUCAAGUAUAAAAAUGUGAAAGCAAAGUUAAAAUCUGUCAUUUCAAAGAUCAGUAACUCAACAUCUUAUAGUUACGUAGAAUUUUGGUUUCAAUUUUGAGUUAGUAAUUUUAUAUUCAAAGUCUUUUCUUUCUAGAAAACAUCUGUAUUUAGAACCUGUCACAUUUUCAUGUGAGCACCUUGUCCCCCUGUUCUUGCUAAACUCAUGACUCCUGAUCUUACUUCAUCCUGUCACUUUUUCUGAAUAAGUGUCUCCCAUCCCAUCUCUUUACAUUUUAACCAAUCAAAUGUCCAGAGCCUCUUACUAGAUCUAUGGUUACUUCCAAGUGCCCCUGUUAGCCCUGUUUAUUUUCCUUUACUCUUGACAAUGUAGUGUGUUUUUCUCUGAAAAUGUCCUUGUCUCUGCUGUAAAGCUCACUCUGACAUAAGAAACUAGCUGUUGCAUUUUUUUCAAGGAGUCUGAAGCAUAAAUAGCCCAUAAAUGCAUUGUUGGCUAAAUUAAAUCAAACCAAAGUCAUAAUAAGAUGAGCUAUUGCAUUUUCCACGUUGCCUCUUGUUCGGCUAUGCUUUUCGGCUUUGUCUGAGAAGUGCUCAGUCAUACCUGUCUGAAUCCACAUUGGUUCUGAAAAAGAGACUGGAGAUGCAACACGAAGCUCCAGCAUCUUUACAUGUAUGCAUACAUGUUCAAUUCUAGAGUCUGGUUGAACACAUCCAAGCUCUUUGAUUCUCACCUUCUCUUGCAAAGAUUUCUUAAAUAGCAUUCUUUUCAGCCACUUCAGCCACUCACACAGUUGAUGAAGACUUUGUGAGAAGCUUCACACUUCAUGUCUGUAUGAAAAGGAUGUAGCUCCCUGUCCUAGUAAUUCCACCUUAAGUAACUCCUGUCUUUUGUAAAUGUACAGAUGUGCAUGUACAUCUUACAACAACAGUCAACUGAGAACUUAGAGUACAAAUACGUGCACACUGAACCAGAAACACGUGAGGAAUUAGAAAUGUCCGACAUGUUAAAUAUGUUUAAUCAACAGUUUUUAAUACAGUUUAUUCAUUUACCCACUGGAUAGAUAUUUGCUUUGGAUCAAAAAAUUGUGUAUUUCUAACUAACUUUUUAACAUCUGUUUGCUUGUCAUCUGCUAAUCUUCUUGUAGAGUGGUAGGCAGCACUUUAGUGCCCUCUGUUGACUAUCCACUGGUGCUGCAACUAAGAUCUCCUCACACUCUGAAUGAGUUGAUCAGAGCAGAUGAAAGUGUCAGAGUGCAGUACAGGCACUCCCUCCGAGUAUCUCCUGUCAGCAUGCAAGCAUCAGCAUUUUUAACUAGAGGAAAAAUGCAUCACAGAAAACUGAAUUUCACAGGAGAUAAAAGUUUGAUCAUUUACAAAUUGACAACUACUUUAAAUUUUGAUUUUAAAAUACUAAUUUACAUAAGAAAAGAUUGAUGGAUUAGUUUCAUCAGUGUUGAAUCUAUCACUUUGUCUGACUCAUACCUCCUUCCCAAGGUUUAAGACUCUAAAAAUGACAACAUUGGAGUUGUCAGUCUCUACGUAUGUGUAUGUACAGUGCCUUGAAAAGUAAUCAUACCCCUUGAACUUUUUCACAUUUUGUCACUUUACAACCACAAACUUAAAUUCUGCCUUCACAGAACAGGUGUUUUUAUGCUGAUACUAAAUUACACACAGGUGGACUCUAUUAACUAAUUCGCUGACUUCUGAAGGCAAUUGAUUACACUGCAUUUUAUUUAGGGGUAUGAGAGUACAGGGGGCUGAACACAAAUGCACACCAAACUUUUCAGAUUUUUAUUUGUUUAAAUUUAUGAAAACCCUGUAUCAUUUUUGUUCGGCUUCACAAUUAUGUGCUACUUUGUGUUGGUCUAUGAAAAAAAAAAAUCUCAAUAAAAUACUUUAAAGUUUGUGGUUGUAGAGUGACAGAAUGUGAAAAAGAAGGAGACAUCAGUUUUAAUCUCAGUUAGUUUCAUACUAGAUAGAAACAUGGAGCUCUAAAGGACCUCAUUACAUGUUUAUUUAUUUAAUUUUGACUCGUUCAUGUUUACCCCUUUGUCAUUAUUUCACAUGGCAAAUAGACCUUCAGACAUAUUGAAUAAUCUGUAAAACGUAAGAUUUGGUUCAUGCAGAAGUAAAUAAAUUCUCCAAUUUAAAGUUUAGUAGCAAUUUUUCAAAACUUUCCAAGGUGUUUUUGACGAAGUGUGUCACAGCUGUUUUCAUCCCUGUCUUGGUAAACAUUCAUUGAUAAAUCCAGUGUCAGAGUAAAAGUAGGACUUUGCUUUGGGACUGAAGGUUAAAAUUCUGCAUGGAGCAAGAGGAAAAGUAUAAAGUAAUGACUGUCAGGAAAAGUGCAAAAUUACUAAUUAUUGAGCAAGACCCCCAACCCCCGACUGCUGGAGGUGCUGCUCCGUGCAGCUACAGCAGCAAACACCUUCUCUAUAAGUGGCUUUCUCCCAUAAUGCAUUUGGGAAUCAAAGUUUUUGAACACUUUGAGGGGAGGGGUUGAGAGAAUCUUGCAGAUGAUCUGUGUUAGCCUGAGCUUUCUAGUGUUUUUGUGUUUUUAACGAUCAGAAAACACUUGUUGCCCAUCAGGCUUUCAUUUAAACAGAUGCUGGUUCAUCAACCUUUGUCCGCGGUGCUGCAGCCGCGAUGUGUGUUUGCAAAGAGAAAAAGCUGAAUGAAAAGAGCCUCAGCAGCAAUAACAACCUUGGCCUCUGGCUGCGUCUCUGGAGCCAAAGCAAACAGCUGUCCAAGAACUGACAGCCCCGUUUACGCCUGUUUUUUUCCCUGCUGAAAGAGGCCUUCAGCAUGGAAACACCACCUAUACUGUUCAGAUAGAAAACACCAAUAUAGAUCUGGAGUCAUGUUGUCUUUAAACAACUGGACUGAUCAGGAAAGGCUGACAUUCUUGUGCUGUCAAUGUUUCUUCUAUUUAGUUAUAAGUUUCUGAUAAUAAACAUUUGAAACAUAAUAAAGACGUGAAAACAAAAUCUAUGUCAAUAACCAAAAGAGAUAUCUUGUUGAGCUUGAACAUAGUUUGGUGAAUUCUGCUCUUGGUAUUUAUUCUCAUACUCACCAUCACAUCUCCAACUCCUCGGUCGGGGUACCUCUGGAUGAGGACUUGUUUUUUUUAAUCAUGAUGGGAAACCAAAUGACUGUUAUUGUAUUUUUUGUUUGAAACCAUAUACAGCAAAUUCAUUUUACCAUUUGAAUCAAAUAAACCAAAAUAAAAGCAGUGUUGGCCUACUGCAGACCUCCUGAAGUAUUAACUUUGCUUUUGACCUUACCCUUAUUCACAGAUUUUGUGCUUGAAACAUGCAACUCUCUAUGCUGGCAUAUUGAAGUAAAUACGAACUGGCCAUGUGGCAUAGUUUUGGGUCCUUUUUGGCGGUUUUGGGUCUGAGAAUUUUCUGCGAAUCACCUCAAAUGUGUAUUCUAAGUGUGUAGAGUGAUUUUUGUUCACAACUUCAAAUAUGAUUCAUAUUUGUGUACAAUACGAGGGUAAAAAAGCAUAAACAAGAAUGUUGGAACUGUCAGCCUGAUCUGAAGGUAAAGGGAUAUUCUCGGUGUAGUCGCUGAUCGACUCGUCAGGGCUCUUUCACAAACAAGCGGCUGCUGGGGGAGAGUGGGUGAGUUGUGUUUGGUCUCUUUGCUAAAGAAAUCAGGCAAAGCAAAAAAGAUGUUUGGUGUCUAGUACUAUGGCUGGGACCCUAUAUGUACUGUUGAUGAAGUUAGGUGCUGUUCUGAGCAUUAUUUGUUGCUAUAGAGUGGCUCUUUGGUUGAGGUUUACACAUAGAGACAUAGACUGCUGUGUGUUGCUAUUUUGCGGUCAUUGCUGAAGUUGGUGUCACUAGAGAAGCAAGCAGUCGGCUACAUUCAUGGGGUGUCAGGGGGGUGUCUAACUCGGUGUUACGAUGUGUUUGACCAUACUCAUAUUUAUGCCAGAAUAUUCCUUGAAGGUAACUCAUAACGUCUGUUCUAGUUCGUGGACUUGAGAAACUCGUAGCUGAUCGUAUCAACUUAAACAGACAAACCAGACUGUACAAGAAGGACUUCACAUAUACUGGAGCAGAUAACUAAAGACUAUCGAGUCAGUUAACAACAGUUAUACUAGACUUACUUUGGCUCAUCGUGGAUUAUGUAGAAAGGAUGGGAAUUGCAGGUGAUAAGAUACUGAUAUUGAUAUGAUGUGAUACAACAGAUACAAUAUGACAUAAUACAAUAUAAUAAGAUCAGUGAUGAUACAGUACAAUUCAACUCUAUUUCACAGUAGCACUUGCAGCAAUGUCAGUAGUGCCGGGUCUUUUUUUUUUCGUCAAAAGGUCAAACCCCAAAUAUGGUGUCACGCUAAUCUCAUGAAUUGAGGAUUUGUAGCACUUUCAGGUUCUAACGCGUGAACGUUUUCUCCCGUUUUUACAGACCAUCUACAGCAGAGACGACUGCACCUUCAGAGAACAGAUCCUUCCUGAUGGGUACAACAUCUAUGUCUCAGACAGACAUGGAGCUCUGCUCAGUCUGGGGAACCACCGGCAGAGGCAGCAGGGUCGAGACCGAGGCGUUCCGUCUCUGGCUCAGUUUCUCCCCAGGAUUAGCACUCUGGACCAGACCUCACGUCCAGGACCAGACAUCCCUGAGCAGCAGGGACAGAGUGUGGACCUAGCAGAGGAGCCUAUGGACACCAUGGAUGUGUUUGGGAAGCUGUCUCAGAUCAUCCACAGUCCCAGUUUUCAUAAGAGAUGAGAGAGACGCUCCCACACACACCUGGAAAUGGAUGUGGCCCAGGGUGAAACCAAACACUCAUGCUGCACGCCGUCGAACCAGGAGAUGGUGAAGGAGACACGCUGAAACUCCCUGUGAGUACAGGAUACUCCUGCAGAGUCUUGCAGAGUCCUGACGAGGGGAGAGCUACCUGUGAUCGGUUGAAUAUUGGUGACACCGUCAAAGUUUACUGAACAAAAACAGAGUGUGCUAGAUCAUCAUCCCAGCCAACAGAAUACUCAGGACAUUCAAGAUGGGACGGAUAUCUAGAUAUUCAGGGAAUAAGAGGAGCCGACUGAACCGGGGAUGACAUGAACAAUGAGAAACUGUGAAAAUGAAGACAAUGAAGACAAAUACUGUUUGCAGCAGUCUGUGAACUCAGCUUACUGCUCUAGCUAAAGUGCAUUAAAGCUGCAUUCUUCCUUUGUCCAGCACGGUUGUAAAAUCAGUCCCAUUGUAUAGAAGUCUAUGAGGAAAAUGGUCCACUUAUUAAAUUUAUUGUCUCACUGAACAUUUUCCUAACAACGUUUUGAUCUCAAUCUUUAGUUUCAAGUCUUCUUUAGUACAGCAUGGUGGCCAGUUUGUAAAUCAUGGUGCCAUUUGGAGACAUAGAGACCAAGAAGCUGGGUAGGAUUUAAACAGAGUACACCUGGGAUUGAUGAGUGACUGCUAAAGCGACCUGUGAAAUGACUCUGUGUGUUGUCAGACUUGAGACACUCUCUGCACAAAGUGCAUUCAGUUUGAAGCAUGUUAAGGUCGUACAAAACAGAAAGUGUGCCUGCACCUUACUAACUUUACUAUCAGUGGUGACAAACUUUAACCUUGUUAACUUUGCACAAGACUUCAUGAAGAGUCCCCCCUGUAUGAGAUGCAGCUGUUGACUUCUUAUUGUAGAUAGUGUGUUAGUUUAUGUUCCAUCAGAGUUAUGUGGCAGAUAUGGUCAACUCCAUUCUUCAUAAAUAAUCACACUGUUUUUGUAUCAGAUGUUUCAAAUGUUAGUUCUUCACAAUGCUAAGAUCAUGUGAAUAAAGCACCUGCAGCUGUGUAAACCAGCUGGGCAUACUGUCCUCAUGAUCUGCACGCAGCAAUAACGGUGGCUAUGCAAGAUGGUCCCACACAAACAGCCCUGAACUGGAUUGGUCUAUGGUGAACAGGUUGUUUCAGAAGCCCAGCAAGAUCUCUCUGGUCCGAUUGAUGGCUUAGAGGGUCUUCAUGGCAGCAGUUUAAUCUGACCCGCCUGCUUUUGGGUAAAAUUAACAUGAACCCGAACAUCAUUCAGGCUUAAGUCUAGUCAUUGUUUUUGAACUAAUGCAUAAAUAACUACACAACCCAUAAGGUCCUUUGCUUCUAAUUUAAACUGACUUUUGGUCACUCAUUCAGUCCUCUACCACUUGUCUGCACCAUUCUUUUUCAGUUUGGCAGACAUCUUAAUUCAACUCUUUCUUUGUUGUACCUUCCCUCACCAUUUCUAGACUAUGUCCUCCUCUCUGCUUUUGUGGAUUUGGAUGAGAGCAUUAAGCUGGAGAGCACCCAUAGCCCCGCCCUGUUAUCCAAGUGUGGUCAUCUCCAGCUCCAGGAAAAAAAAGCAGUGGAAAAGCUAACUUUAGGCCUUUAAAUGUUACUCCAAAAAUAAUGACCAAGCUCACAAUGUGGUGUAACCUGAAGGAAGACGUUUUCUUACCUGCCCUCACAGUAUGUGAAUCAUGUUUUCAUCCCCAACAGUCUCAGUUUUUAGUCAGUCAGCGUUUUGAAAGGACUCUGGCCCUGUAGACGUGUAGUAGUUGUAUUUAUUUGGUUAUUUAAAUGAACAUGUUGUAUGCUGAAUGAAUGCACGUCUGUAUUUUACUUCAUGUGUUAAUGUUCGCUGUUUCCUGUAAAUAUACGUGUGAUAUAAAAUGUGCUUUUGGAAUAAAUUAACAGAACAAACCUUAAAUCUAUCUGUGUUAUGUCCAAAGCAUUUGCAGAAAAUAUGUAUUGAAAGAAUAAAUACUAUAUGUCAAAUUAAAAACAUUUCUUUUAUAAAA